AUGGACAGUUCUAUAUUUUUGAGCUAUGCAUAUCGACGUCAGAGAUCGGCUUUGCUUUCUGGUAAUUAUAUAGGUCCUUUAGAUGACCAAAUAUGUAUUCAAUUCCAACAGGGUGGUACGAUGCCCCCGCAUUUGGGUUCCCAGCAUAUGCCAGUAGGAAAUCCGGCUUUCGAUAAUUUAUUACAAUACCUCACCGUUUCGUUAUUGCAAGAUGACCAAUGGAUGGCCGCUGAAUUGCCAGGAAUCAAGCUUACUCUCAGGGAGUCAGACGAAGGAAUAUCAGUGAGGGAACGUGUUCUAAUAAAAUCGUUGAGAGAGGCCUUGAAUGCCAAAACUCAGGUCAAGGAUAAACAAAGCUUGUCACUGAACCUCGAUCAGAAUAACGGUCUUAAAACGAAUCGACGUAAUGACAAUGAUGAUGACAAUGAUGAUGAUGAUUAUGAUGACGAUGCAAGCACAGGAAGAAUACACAUGAAUUCUACCGAAACAGCUCCUCAGGGCACACCAGUUCAGUCUCCCCAUUACAUCGCUCCAUCGCCACAUGAAGGCGGAAGAUCAACUGCAGGAAGACUUCUAUCCGCCGUCUCUGAAUCCAACUCCAACGGACAAAUUACCGACCAAUUUGCUGACGAUAUCGGUCUUAAAAAAUUCGUUCAAAAGAAAAAAAAAAUCAAAAAACAUCGACGAAAACGACUCUUCGAUUAA